AUGGCCUUACUAAUUUGUCUCGCGGCGUGCUUCGCGUGGCCGAAUACCAGCACAACGACUUAGCAUCAUCACUGGCUUGGGACCAGUGUAGUCUGCUGUAGUCAAGACAGCAGCCAGGGCGAGUAUUUAUCCCCCCCUUAGCAGUCCAGUCAGGCCCUGGACCCAUGUCUUGUUUGUUUGUGCUCAGUGGCUUUUCGACGAUCUUUUACCUGUUGUUGAUUGCGUGAGUCGAAUAGUGGAGAGGGAAUGGUGGUGGCCUAGGGGAUUGGAAGGAAGGAAGGAAGACAGAGCGGCGGGAUCGUGACCAUGGGCAGUGUAAUUGUGCGAUUGGAGAAACGUGGAAGGGUGGUCAGUCGGUUUUUGGUUUAGCUUUGGUGAGGUUUUAGACGUAGUGGUGGUUGAGAGUAGGGGGGUGCAGCUGGAAAAAAGCCUCACAAUGUUGGCGUGAGUUGAGGAUUGAGAAAGAGGCGAUGGGGGUAAAGUGCAGUUACUACUUUUCGUCAGUUUGUCGAGGACUGCAGAGGGAGACAGAUUGCUGGUGAAUGUUGUCCCGAAAAGUUGCAGACUUGGUAUGGUGGAUGCAGAGGGUACCGAGUGCACGAUUAGGUACAUCAAUUUGGGGGCAUAAUUCUAUUCCUUCGUCGCAGUCUGGCCAAGCUCAAUUUUGAGCUGAAAUUUGGCUGUGAUCGAAAUUUGAAAUUUAUUUUGUAUUUAAAAAUUUUGUAGUCUUUCGGAGUGUAGCUGGUGGCAGGAAUCUGGAGUUAGUGAGAGUCGUUUCAUCGAUUUAGCGCAUUGAGCAAAGCGAUGCGUAUGAUUCAGCGGAAUUCUUCAGAAAUGAGAGCAUUGAAGCUUCGGUGAUGGCGAGGGCUGUACGCUAGUGCAUACAGGGGCUGCUUCCACCCUGUGAAAGUGUUUGUCUACAUCAAAGUCCUGGGAGCUAGUAGCCCCUGAAACUUGUUCGUCUAUGUGUGAUUGAAUUAGUGUAAUCCGCUCCUCUAGAUCCAUUCACGAUGACGUCCACUAAGUUAUCCUACUCGUUGGGAACCACCGUGAAGUCGAAGCACAGCGUGCGAGUGCAACAAACCACCGCAGAUGCUAAGCUUCAAGCUGUGUACGAGGAGUCGAAUGACUCCGGAGACGCGUUUAAUUACUCGAAAUCAGUCGGUCAAGCUGCCAAAGCAACCGUGCAGCAGGUUCCCGCACAAGCUGUGUCAUCAUAUCUUCAGCGCAUGCAGAGAGGGGGUCUCACCCAAACCUUCGGAUGCAUGCUCGCCGUCGAGGAGAGUACCUUCAGGGUUAUUGCAUACAGUGAGAAUGCUCCCGAAAUGCUCGAUUUAGUGCCACACGCUGUACCGAGCGUUGGACAACAGGAUGUACUCGGAAUUGGAGCUGAUGCAAGAUCGUUGUUCACUCCCUCGAGCGCAUCCGCGUUAGAAAGAGCCGCAUCAACAUCCGAUUUGAGCAUGGUAAACCCCAUCUCUGUUCACUCUCGAAGCUCAGGGAAGCCAUUUUACGCUAUUGUGCACCGCAUUGAUGUGGGGGUAGUAAUAGACUUUGAGCCUGUUCGACCGAACGAUGUCAUUAUCUCCACAGCUGGGGCUCUCCAUUCCCACAAAUUGGCAGCUAAAGCAGUUGCGCGGCUACAAUCCCUUCCCGGAGGCGACAUUGGGCUACUGUGUGAUGCAGUUGUGGAAGAGGUCCGUGAGCUCACAGGCUACGACCGAGUGAUGGCGUACAAAUUUCACGAUGACGAGCAUGGGGAGGUCCUCGCCGAGAUUCGGAGAUCAGAUUUGGAAUCCUACCUAGGCUUGCAUUAUCCCUCCACAGAUAUACCGCAAGCAUCGAGGUUUCUGUUCAUGAAAAACAGGGUGCGGAUGAUUGCGGAUUGCUGCGCGCCUCCUGUGAAGGUAAUUCAAGACAAGGACUUGCGUCAGCCAAUCACUCUUGCGGGAUCCACUUUGCGAGCGCCUCACGGCUGCCAUGCUCAGUACAUGGGCAAUAUGGGUUCAGUCGCUUCAAUUACUCUGGCUGUCAUCGUAAAUGACCAAGAAGAGGACUUCGGAGUGCAGCAGAAAGGCCGUCGACUGUGGGGGCUGGUUGUCUGUCAUCACACGUCCGCUCGGACAAUCUCCUUCCCUCUCCGAUCGGCGUGUGAGUUCUUGAUGCAGGUGUUCGGAUUGCAACUUAAUAUGGAAGUAGAGCUUCAAGCUCAGGUGAAAGAGAAGCACAUAUUACGAACGCAGACAUUGCUAUGUGACAUGCUCUUGCGUGAUGCUCCUAUCGGCAUUGUGUCGCAAUCUCCCAACAUUAUGGAUCUAGUCAAGUGCGACGGAGCAGCUCUCUAUUACGGGAAACGUUUCUGGCUCCUGGGGACCACACCAACUGAGCAGCAAAUCACCGAGAUUGCAGACUGGCUGUUGGAGUAUCACAAGGAUUCUACAGGAUUGAGUACAGAUAGCCUGGCAGAUGCAGGCUACCCUGGCGCAAACCUGCUUGGUGACGCCGUAUGUGGUAUGGCUGCUGCAAGAAUCACUCCCAAGGAUUUUCUGUUUUGGUUCAGAUCUCAUACUGCUAAAGAGAUUAAGUGGGGUGGCGCAAAGCACGACGCGGAUGAGAAGGACGAUGGUCGGAAGAUGGCUCCCCGAUCUUCGUUCAACGCUUUCUUAGAAGUCGUAAAGAGGCGUAGUGUUCCUUGGGAAGACAUUGAAAUGGAUGCGAUCCACUCUCUGCAGCUCAUAUUGAGGGGGUCUUUCCAAGACAUUGACGAUAGCGAUGGGAAAACGAUGAUUCAUGCGCGGCUUCACGAUUUGAAGCUCCAGGGUAUGGACGAGCUUAGCACCGUUGCUAAUGAAAUGGUCAGGUUGAUAGAGACUGCAACUGUGCCCAUUCUUGCGGUGGACUCAAGUGGGUUCAUCAAUGGAUGGAAUGCGAAAGUAGCAGAACUGACAGGACUCCCAGUUGGAGAUGCCAUGGGCCGCUCCUUGGUAAAGGAUUUGAUCUUGGAAGAGUCCGUGGAGGCUGUCGAGCGGCUGCUGUACCUAGCGCUUCAAGGUGAAGAAGAGCAAAAUGUUGAGGUUCGUUUGAAGACAUUUGGGCAGCAAAAGUCCAAAGGCGUAUUGAUAUUAAUAGUCAAUGCCUGUUCAAGUCGGGAUGUGCAAGAGAAUGUGGUUGGCGUAUGUUUCGUGGGCCAGGACGUGACAGGGCAAAAGAUGGUGCAUGAUAAGUUUACACGCAUUCAUGGUGACUACAAAAGCAUUGUGCAGAACCCAAACCCUUUGAUCCCACCCAUCUUUGGAGGCGAUGAACUAGGAUACUGCACCGAAUGGAGCCCUUCAAUGGAGAAGUUGACAGGGUGGAAGAGGGAGGAGGUUCUCGGGAAAAUGCUAGUUGGAGAAGUCUUUGGUGUACAACUCAUGUGUUGCCGUCUGAAGGGCCAAGAUGCAGUAACGAAAUUCAUGAUCGUCCUCAACAAUGCCAUGGAUGGUCAGGACACAGACAAGUUUCCGUUUUCGUUUUUUGACCGUCAGGGGAAGUUUGUGGAAGCUCUUCUGACAGCCAACAAGAGGACGGAUGCAGAUGAUUACAUCACAGGAGUGUUCUGUUUUCUACACACUGCAAGCCCAGAGUUAUUGCAGGCAUUAACUGUUCAACGAGCUACUGAGAAAGUAGCGUUUGCCAAACUCAAGGAGCUUGCGUACAUUCGACAGGAGAUUAAGAAUCCCUUGUAUGGAAUCAUGUUUACUCGAAAUUUGAUGGAGGACACAGAUUUGUCAGAAGAACAAAAACAGUUUAUGGACACUAGCGCAGUCUGUGAGCGGCAGUUGCGGAAAAUUUUGGAUGAUAUGGACCUUGAAAGUAUUGAAGACGGGUAUUUGGAGUUGGAGACAGCCGAGUUUGACAUGGGAUCUAUGAUGGACGCUGUGGUGAGUCAAGGAAUGAUAACAUCGAGGGAGAAAGGCCUUCAGUUAAUUCGUGAAACCCCUCGGGAGAUCAAAGGCAUGUGCUUAUUUGGGGACCAAGUUCGAUUACAACAAGUCCUCGCAGACUACUUGUUGAAUGCAGUGCGUUUCACCCCUUCUUCUGAGGGCUGGGUUGGCAUCAAAGUGGUCUCAACGAAGAAACGCCUAGUUGGUGGCUUCCACGUUGUGCAUUUAGAAUUCAGAGUCACACAUCCGGGAUCAGGACUUCCAGAGGAGCUUGUCUGUGAGAUGUUCGACCGGGGCCGUGGCAUGACUCAAGAAGGACUCGGGCUGAGUAUGUGUCGCAAGCUCGUAAAACUAAUGAACGGUGAAGUGAAAUACAUCAGAGACGCCGGCAAAAGCUAUUUCUUAGUCAACCUGGAGCUUCCAUUGGCCGGAAGAGACGAUUCUGGCAACGCGAGGUAGUAGUAGAGGUCUUCCUGGUGCCGACGAUCGCAAACUGUACACUGAUCGAUAACUCGCUUCUUUCCCCUACCGUUGUAAACGUAUCUGGGAGAGACUUAAUUUGGGGGGGGGGGGGGGGGUGAUCACGCGUCAUACAAACGAGGUGGAAACGCCGAGUCCUCGUUUCUCCCACUUCUGCACGAGAAGAAGAAGAAGAAGAAAAAACAAAAACAAAAAAAAAAAAAACACUUGUUGAUUGUACCGUCUUUCCUCGACGAUGAAACCACCUCGGGUCGUAGCUGAUCAACACUCAUAGCUGACACCGACGGAUCACUCAUGGCCAUCUCCAUAUGGGUGAAGAGCAAGACUUUCUCAGCUGAAUCAUGAAUCACGCCACUGUCGACAUAUAAUGCCAGUUCUCAAGCAUGGACACACACAGUUCCUUUCGGUGCAUGUCUCCAUGCAUCUGCUAGAUGAACAGCCGUUUUCCUUCUCCUUUUUUUCUUUUUUUUAUCCCGUGCUCCAGUCUCCGCGUGCACUGUGUACAAUCCAUUAGAAGCCAAGUGCUACAAGAGGCUAGUUGGACAGUCUUCCACUCAAGACACAACUCAAAAGUCAUGUGUAUACAUUGAAAGAUGCUCUCUCUCUCUCUCUCUCUCUCUCGCUCUAUUCAUUAAAAACCCAUUUACUGGUUUUUGAGCCGUUUUGCGAAGACUUUGCAAUGUUACGUUACAUAGUAAUCCAGAAGAAUGUCCAUGUGGGUGGAUCUGUUUGCCCUUC